AUGGGAACGCCUCUUGGGCCAGUGAAAAUCAACCUCGGCGAUAAAAUCAAGGAUCAGUUUGUAGUAAAGAGAAAAAUUGGCGAAGGAGCAUGUGGACAAGUUUACCUUGUGAAUAUCGUCGACAGAAAUGGGAAGGUAUCCAGUCUAAAACUCCCAAUAGUAGUUUUGACGAAAGUAGUGGAGCCAUUAAUGAGAAGUAAAGAUGAUGAAAUUCUUAAAAUGGAAAUCUUCGUACUGAAGAAAAUUCAAAAGUACGUCUCUGAUUACUGGAAUAUUGGUAUGCGUAUUGCAGCCGCUGGGAAGCUUCACCACCGAUUAGGACUUCUGCUGCAGAGGGAGACCCACCAAGAUUCAUUUUCACUGUUUGACUAG